AUACCCUCCAAUUUUUAAGUUUAACGAGCUGGUGCCCUACCGACUUCAAGUGCUAUCCUGCUGCCAUCAACUCAUUGCUGUCGACAACUCCGUUCGCUAUCGUCACGAUCGUCAUCGUCGUGAGAAAUACUCCAGCAGCAAGCCAUGUCCGCCGCCGUCGCCUCCGUCCCGGCCCCAGCGCCGAAGAAGCUGGAGAAGAAGCCCGUCAAGUUCUCCAACUUGCUUCUGGGUGCCGGUCUCAACCUCUUCGAGGUCACCACGCUCGGCCAACCCUUGGAGGUCAUCAAGACCACCAUGGCUGCCAACCGCAGCGAUAGUUUCGGCUCUGCCCUCCGCCGCAUCUGGCAACGUGGUGGUAUCUUUGGCUUCUACCAGGGUCUUAUCCCAUGGGCCUGGAUUGAGGGCUCCACCAAGGGUGCCGUGCUCCUCUUCGUUGCCUCCGAGGCCGAAUACCAUGCUCGCGCCGCCGGCGCCAGCGACUUCGGUGCCGGUAUCACCGGUGGUAUCAUUGGUGGUGUUGCGCAGGCGUAUGCCACCAUGGGCUUCUGCACCUGCAUGAAGACGGUCGAGAUUACCAAGCACAAGAUGAGCGCCUCCGGCCAGAAGGCCCCCGGCACCUGGGCCACCUUCAUGGACAUCUACCGCCGCGAGGGUAUCCGCGGUAUCAACAAGGGCGUCAACGCCGUUGCCAUUCGUCAGAUGACCAACUGGGGUUCCCGUUUCGGUCUCUCCCGCCUUGCUGAGCAGGGUAUCCGCAGGGCCACCGGCAAGGAGGAGGGCCAGAAACUGGCCGCGUGGGAGAAGAUCCUCGCCUCCGCCCUCGGUGGUGGUCUCUCCGCCUGGAACCAGCCCAUCGAGGUCAUCCGCGUCGAGAUGCAGAGCAAGAAGGAGGACCCCAACCGCCCCAAGAAGAUGACUGUCGGCAACACCUUCAGGUACAUCUACCAGACCAACGGCGUCAAGGGCCUGUACCGCGGUGUCACCCCCCGCAUUGGUCUUGGUAUCUGGCAGACCGUCUGCAUGGUUGCUUUCGGCGAUAUGGCCAAGACAUAUGUCGAGAAGUUGACCGGCGAGGCCGUCACCGCGAAGCACUAAACGCAUAAGAAAUGUCGGCGUUGAUCGAGACCUCGUUUUUGUCUUUUCUUUUUUCUAUCUUCACCAAAUAUUCGGUUAAUCGGUCGGGUUGGUUUGGU